AUGAAUGUGUCCAACAACUGCAGUGUCACAAAUCUAGAACUGUAUCACUGUGUUCGUCUCAUUGAAUUUGCUCUGUAUAACCUCAUUUUCUUUUUUGGAGCACUGUUUAAUGCUCUUGCCCUCUGGGUGUUCUUCUGCAAGAUAAAGAAGUGGACAGAAACCAAGGUGUAUGUAAUCAAUUUAGUCUUUGCAGACUGCUUCGUCAUCUGCACCUUGCCUUUCAUGGCUUAUUUGCUCUGGAAUAAGUCAACCCGAAAUGAACUCUGCCAGUUUAUAGAGGCAAUGUAUGUUAUCAACAUGGUAGUGAGCAUCUACACAAUUUCAUUUAUCUCCAUUGAUCGAUACAUUGUCAUAAAACACCCCUUGAAAGCCAGGACCUUCAGGUCUCCAUCAAAGGCUGCUCUUCUCUGUGGGCUUCUGUGGAUCUCCGUGAUAAUCGGUGUCACCUUACAGCUUUGGCAGAGACAAGCCACACUCUGCUUUCAGAAGGAUACCACCGCGCCCGCUACUCUGAGCCUGCUUUCCAUUUUCUUCGUUUUUACUCUUCCAUUAGCAAUCUUGACUUUUUGCUCCACAGAAGUAAUCAGGAACCUUAAGCGACGUCUGAACACAAAUUCACCAGAGGAGAAAUUAAUCCAGAAAGCUCUUCACGUUAUUUAUGCAAAUCUGAUUGUAUUUCUAGUGUGUUUUCUGCCAGCCUACGUUGGCAUACUUACCAGGUUCAUAAUGGAGAGUGUCGGAGCUACCUGUUUCCUGCUCCAGGUUAUGAAGAACUUCUCCUCUGUGACGAGGUGUAUCGCCACAUCCAACUGCUGCCUGGAUAGUGUCUGCUACUACUUUGUGACCAAGGAGUUCCAUGAAGUCCUACUGUCCAAACACAGCACUGAAAAAACAGAUCAAAUCCCUCCCAUCCAGACGCACACUUGCUAA